AUGGAUCGCAUCAGGCAGUACUGGGAGAAGUAUAAAAGCAAGCCGCAUCGCGAGGAGUAUGAGCCACUAGCGGAGCAGGGCGGGGAGGUGGAGGAAUCCGCGCUGCUGGGGGCCCAAGAUGAGGUGCCUUUCUCUUGGUCGGAGUAUCUUCUGUUUGCGUGGUUGGGUAUGGCGAUGUUAUGGGCAUGGAACAUGUUUCUUGCUGCCACCCCUUACUUCCAAAUACGCUUCCAAGCCGACCUCUGGAUCCAGCAAAACUUCCAAUCUGCCAUUCUUAGCGUCUCGACCCUGACCAACCUUACGGCGAUGCUCAUCCUCACAAACAUUCAAUACUCAGCAUCGUAUCCCUUCCGCAUCAACCUUGCACUGAUCCUAAAUACCGGAAUCUUUUCGCUGUUGACGGCUUCUACGUCCAUGUUUCUUGACGUCUCUCCAGGUGCCUACCUUGCAUUCAUCCUGAUUAUGGUAGCGUCCAGCUCCUGGGCAACAGGUCUCAUUCAAAACGGCGCCUUUGCGUUCGCCGCCUCCUUCGGUCGUCCGGAGUACAUGCAAGCCCUUAUGGCCGGUCAGGGCGUUGCCGGCGUGCUGCCUCCGAUCGCGCAGGUUAUCACCGUCUUGGCGGUACCGGAAAAGGACGGGAUGAGCCCCGCGGAUGAGAUUCAGUCUUCCAGCUCUUCUGCGUUCGUUUACUUCCUUGCCGCCGUCGCAGUCUCCGUUUCCGCAUUGGUGGCGUUCAUCCCCCUCGUUCGUCGUCACAACCACAUUAUCGAGAGCCGCAUGGUCGAUCGGAUGGCCGAAUCCAUGACUUCCGUAGAAGAAGCCGAGCGUGCCGCUCGAAAGGUCGUUUCGCCACUCCAGCUCUUAAAGAAACUGCACUGGCUCUCGGGCGCCAUCUUCAUGUGUUUCGCCGUCGCCAUGUUCUUCCCUGUCUUCACCGGCAAGAUUGUGUCCGUCCGCUACCCAGGCGAUGAGAAAUCUCCCGCUGGCGCCCUUUUCCGUCCUGCCGCUUUUAUCCCGCUGGCCUUCUUCGCCUGGAAUCUGGGUGACUUGUCCGGACGCAUGUCCACCAUUCUCCCGUUUUCUCUACGUCACCGCCCGGCGGCCCUUUUCGGUGUCAGUCUUGCUCGCCUAGGCUUUCUGCCGAUGUACCUUCUCUGCAAUAUUGGAGGCCGUGGUGCGGUGAUUAGCAGCGAUCUCUUUUACCUGUUUGUCGUCCAAUUCCUGUUCGGCCUCACCACCGGCUGGCUAGGCUCAAGCUGCAUGAUGGCGGCUGGUGAGUGGGUCGAAGAUGGUGAGCGUGAGGCGACCGGUGGCUUUAUGGGAUUGUGUCUGGUAGCUGGCUUGACGACGGGCAGUCUUCUUAGCUUCACGGCGGGUGGUAUCUAA